UCUGCAACUGCCAAUUGCUUCCUCGCUGGAUCUGCGUUUAUGAUUGCGGAUUGCAAGGAGAUUUUAGAUGUGAUGGCGAAGAUUCACUGUCGAGGAUUCCUCUGCCUCCUUCUUCUCCUGGGCCUGUUGUUCUCGUUCCCUUCGCAGCUUACUGCCCUGCAGAUUAUCGCCAAAUCCAAGAUCGAGCGGUGUGACCAGUCAUCGGCGAAGGAUUUGCAGUGCAAUGAAAAGCUCGUGAUCGAUGUGGCUGUCCCUAGCGAUUCGACUGGUCGAGAGGCUUCUAUUAUGGCAGAACUUGUGGAGACUGAAAACACUUCAAAUGGGAAGGUUCAAACUAUCAAGGAAUCACCCGUAAUCACAAUUAAAAAAUCUGCAGUAUAUGCUGUUUACGAGAUAUCAUAUAUACGGGAUGUUGCUUACAGACCUGAGGAACUCUAUGUCCAUACUCGAAAAUGUGAACCUGAAGCUGGUCCAAAUGUUGUUGGAGGUUGUUCAAGGUUGCGUGAUGAAAAUGGACACGUCAUUGAGCAAACUGAGCCAGUUUGCUGCUCUUGUGGACCAAAUGCACGGGUACCUCACAAAUGUGGAAGCCCCUUUGCUGCAAUUAUUAAAGGAAAAGCAAAUACUGCCCAUUGUCUCAGAUUUCCAGGAGAUUGGUUUCAUAUUUUUGGUGUAGGAAAAUGGUCACUAGACUUCAGUAUCCAUGUUGAAGUGAAGACGCAGUCUAGGAAAUCGGAAGUGGUUCUUGGUCCUGAAAAGAAAAUGGUGGUAUCAAGUGACAACCUCUUGAGAGCAAACCUUGUUGGUGAUUAUGUUGGUUACACUAGUAUACCAUCAUUUGAGAAUUUUUAUCUUGUAACUCCAAGGGAGGGGAAUUCUGUCCAGCUAGACACUCUUGGAGGGAACUACUCAAUGUGGAUGCUCUUGGAGAGGGUACGUUUUACUUUGGAUGGCACAGAAUGCAACAAAAUUGGAGUAAGCUAUGAAGCAUUCAACAGGCAACCUGACUUUUGCCGUUCACCAUUUUGGAGUUGUCUGCAUAAUCAGCUAUGGAACUUCUGGGAGUCUGAUUCCAGUCGAAUAAAAAGGGGACAGCCACCACAAUUUAUGGUGGAGAAAAGAUUUGAAAGAAUCAACCAGCAUCCGAGUGCAGGAUCACACACCUUUUCUAUUGGAAUAACUGAAGUUCUUAGCACAAACCUUCUGAUAGAACUUAAUGCUGAUGAUGUCCACUAUGUCGUUCAUCGGAGUCCUGGUGAUAUACUGAACAUUAGCAUCCCAACUUUUGAAGCACUUGCUCAAUUUGGUACUGCUACAAUUAUUUCUAAGAAUACUGGGACCUUGGAAGCAUCUUACAGUUUAGUGUUUGACUGCUCUGGAGGCAUCAAUAGAAUGGAGGAGCAAGUCUUCAUAAUGAGGCCUGGAGAAAUUGCUGGCCGUACAUUUGAGCUGAGACCAACCACUAACAAAGCCACAAAGUAUGAUUGCAAAGCUAUUCUGAAGGACUGUGACUUUAAAGAAGUUGACAGGGCAGAAUGCCAAUUCACUACUAUUGGGACAAUUAUCGACACUGGGACCCAGAUCCCUUCCGAAAUUAAUGCUGAUGAAAAAGGCAUUUUUGGGGAAGUCAAAAGCUUGUGGCGUUCAUUCUGGGAUAACCUGGUUGGUUUUUUGACCGGGAAGACAUGCAGGAAAAGUUGUUCGGGCUUCUUUGAUUUUGGCUGUCAUAUGCAGUAUAUUUGCAUUAGUUGGAUCGUGAUGUUUGGGCUUUUCCUUGCAAUUUUUCCAAUAGUGGUGGUGGUUCUCUGGUUACUGCAUCAAAACGGUAUCUUUGACCCUCUAUAUGACUGGUGGGAUGCCUUAGUUGGAUGUGAAGAUCAAAAGAAUGGAACGAAAGGGAAACAUAGGAAAAGCGGUGAUCGUGAGGACAUUGAUGACAUGCGUCACAAGCAGAAGGUUAAACAGAGGCAUGGUUCAACGAAAAGUAGAGUUCAGCCACACAGACAGAAAGGGAAGGAUUACUAUUAUGAUACUAAAGAAAGCCAUCUUCACCAUCACAGAAGGAAAAAGUAUCAUGGUCAUCAUGAGCUUGACGUUAGCCAUCGCCAUCGUCAUCAUCAUGGCGCAACUGAGUACGCUCACCAUCACAAGCAUGAUAAUGGCCAUGACCAUGUUCGCGGAAGGGUUAAAAAGCAUGAAAACCAAAAGGAACUUGCCAGCUUACAAGGCUACCAGGCUAUGAAGUUGGAUCCAUCUCGAGUGCAUGCAGCAGGAAGGAAGAGAACCCUGUGA